GCACCCUCGCAAACCGACCCGAAUUUUUGGGCAAGUCGAGAUAGCCUCUUGGAUCGAAGAUGGCUGCGUUUCUACUCCUUCCUCCUUCUCCUUCGCUUUCCUUCCUUCGCUACUAUCCUCCACUCUUCCUAAACCCUAAGAAUUCGAGAGGCUCAGAGCGGAAGCUCAAGCUUCCAUUUCUUAGCUUAGUUAGAGCUUCCAUUGACGGCGACACCAAUGGUACUCUCGAAUCGCCGAGACCUGCUCGCAGAGGCAGAAAGAAGGGGCCCACUCCGUCUUCUUCUUCUUCAGAUACUUCUUCGCCGAAGAAAACAAAGCGUUCGAGAAAAACCCAAUCCGAGAACGGCACAGUUGAAACCAACGAAGAAAAGGAAACAGACCCGGUUCCAGAUUUAGAAGAUUACGACGAUGGCAUCGAUUUUCCUUACGACGACCCACCCUUGAUCUGCUGCUUCGGCGCCGUAAGGAAAGAGUUUGUACCCACCGUCCGGGUUUCCGACAACCAGAUGCACCCGGACAUCUACUCCCAGUGGAAAAUGCUCCAGUGGGACCCGCCGGAGUUCGUAAGAGCUCCUGGGGGAGCCCCUUCGAACGUGGCCAUAUCGCACGUGAGGCUGGGCGGGCGAGCCGCGUUCAUGGGGAAAGUUGGAAAGGAUAAUUUUGGGGACGAGUUGGUGUUGAUGAUGAAUAUGGAGAAGGUGCAGACGCGGGCUGUUAAGUUCGAUACGAGUGCUAAGACGGCAUGCACGUACGUGAAAAUUAAGUUUGAGGAUGGGAAGAUGAGAACCGAGACGGUGAAAGAGGCGGCCGAGGAUUUCCUUCUUAGCUCUGAGCUGAACCUUGCUGUGCUCAAAGAGGCUAGGAUAUUCCAUUUCAAUUCGGAAGUUCUAGCAUCCGUUUCAAUGCAAUCGACCCUUAUUAAAGCGAUCACAUUGUCCAAAAAGUUUGGAGGUCUAAUAUUUUUCGAUUUGAAUUUGCCCUUGCCUUUGUGGAGAUCGCGUGAUGAGACACGGGAAAUAAUCAAGAAAGCCUGGAAUGAAGCAAAUAUUAUUGAGGUCUCAAGGCAGGAGCUGGAAUUUCUUCUAGACGAAGAUUAUUAUGAGAGGAAAAGAAAUUACAAGCAUGAAUACUAUGCUGAAAAUUUUGAGCAAACCAAGAACCGGCGAGAUUAUUACCAUUAUACUCGUGAGGAAAUCUCUCCUCUGUGGCACGAUGGUCUUAAACUUUUGUUUGUAACCGAUGGAACUCUUCGGAUUCAUUACUAUGCCUCUUCAUUUGAUGGUGUGGUGGUUGGAACAGAAGAUGUGCUCAUCACCCCAUUCACAUGCGAUCGGACUGGUUCAGGUGACGCGGUUGUGGCAGGGAUUAUGAGAAAGUUGACCACGUACCCUGAAAUGUUUGAAAAUCAGGAUGUUUUGGAGAGGCAGCUUCGUUUUGCAAUUGCUGCAGGAAUCAUAUCACAAUGGACUAUUGGUGCGGUGAGAGGUUUUCCUACAGAAAGUGCAACUCAGAACUUGAAAGAACAGGUUUACGUACCUUCAUUGUGGUAGAGCAUAAUGGGUUUGUUCUUCUUUAACGAGGCAGAGUUGAUCCCAGUGCGUGAUGAUUCUUAAUUUCCAAGGGGUUUAUUACAUAUGCUAUCCUGAGAUUUGAGAACUCUUUCUCUGAUGAAGCUGAGGGAGAAUUUUAAGGAACAGAUUGCGUGAAAUGUGUUCACCGAUCAAGUUUAUUGGAUUUCCCAGUGAUCUUGAAUUUGCUGUAUGAUAGUGCGGAAUCAGAGAUUUUGUAGUCUGCAUCUCCACCAUCUCUCUCAUGUUUCUAAAGAAUGUUUUUUUAGGAUAAUCCUCAGUGGUUGCGCCAUUUUUUUCUUAAAGAAAUGUUUGAUCUACAAAAAAUUAAUAAAUGGAAGCAACCCCUUUUGUCUUAUUGUUUCCAUUUUA